GAUGUCAAGCACAGCAAACUCCGUUUCAAUAAGGCGGUGAAUUCGGUUGUCGGUCUUUUGAUUCGCUGGACGUGUUAAUUGAGGGUCAAUUUGCGAGUAAACAUUGUUAAAUGUUUAACCAUAUUGAAGCAGUGCGAAAUUUGCCAACUCUGACAACGGUAUCCCGAAACAAACACGAAUAGCAAAAAGCGGCGCUUUAAAACCGAAACUAAAACGUGUUCACAACUACAAGUGCAGCAAAAAGCAGAGAGAGAGAGAGCUUGGAAUUGAUAAUACACGAAAUUAAAUCAAUCCAAGAUGCCCCCUGCAAACUGUUACCUGGCGUUGGAGGACGGCACUGUGAUGCCGGGCUACUCCUUUGGCCACGUACCAUCGAAGAAAUCGGAAGGCGUGGGAGGCGAGGUGGUAUUCCAAACGGGCAUGGUCGGCUACACGGAAGCGCUGACGGACCGUUCGUAUAGUGGUCAGAUCCUGGUGCUAACGUAUCCACUGAUUGGCAAUUAUGGUGUGCCGGCUCCAGAUGAGGAUGAGCAUGGAUUGCCGCUGCACUUUGAAUGGAUGAAGGGCGUUGUCCAGGCCACCGCCUUAGUUGUGGGUGAAGUAGCCGACGCAGCUUGGCACUGGCGCACCUGGAAGACGCUGCCCCAGUGGCUAAAGCAGCACAAGGUGCCCGGAAUUAGUGGCAUCGACACCCGAGCUCUGACCAAAAAGCUUCGUGAGCAGGGCAGCCUGCUGGGUAGGAUUGUCUACGAGGAGCCGCCGGUUCAAGGACUGGAGAAAUCCAGUUUCGUGGAUCCCAAUAUACAAAAUCUGGCCAAGGAGUGCAGCGUGGUGGAGCGACAUGUAUACGGUGAUCCAAAGGGCAAGGGUCCACGGAUCGCUAUUCUUGACUGCGGACUAAAGCUCAAUCAGCUACGAUGCCUGCUGCAACGUGGCGCCUCGGUUACUCUACUUCCCUGGAGCGCUCGGCUCGAGGAGGAGCAGUUUGACGCCCUCUUUUUGUCCAACGGUCCCGGCAAUCCGGAAAGCUGCGACGAGAUCGUCCAACAAGUGCGCAAAGUGAUCGAGGAGGGUAAAAAACCCGUGUUCGGCAUCUGUCUGGGUCACCAGCUGCUGGCGAAGGCCAUCGGCUGCUCUACGUACAAAAUGAAGUAUGGUAAUCGUGGUCACAAUCUCCCCUGUCUACACCGCGGAACCGGACGCUGCCUGAUGACUUCACAGAAUCACGGAUAUGCUGUCGAUCUUGAGAAAUUGCCAGCCGGUUGGUCGGAGCUCUUCGUGAAUGCCAACGAUGGUACCAACGAGGGCAUUGUUCAUGCGAGCAAGCCUUAUUUUUCAGUUCAAUUCCAUCCGGAGCAUCAUGCUGGACCGCAGGACACGGAGUUCCUGUUCGACGUCUUCCUGGAGAGCAUUACACAAAAAGAUGUGACUAUUCCGCAGCUGAUCGAGCAACGAUUGCGUCCGACUAAAAUUGUUAAAGAUCCGUCUCCGGUGAAACCGCGCAAGGUUUUGAUCCUGGGAUCCGGUGGAUUAUCCAUUGGUCAGGCCGGUGAGUUCGAUUACUCCGGUUCGCAAGCCAUCAAAGCCAUGCGGGAAUCGAAUAUCCAGACAGUUCUGAUCAACCCGAACAUAGCGACCGUACAGACUUCCAAAGGAAUGGCUGACAAGUGCUAUUUCCUGCCCCUAACUCCACACUAUGUGGAACAGGUGAUCAAAUCGGAGCGACCGAAUGGAGUGCUCCUCACCUUCGGCGGCCAAACUGCACUCAAUUGCGGCGUGGAACUGGAGCGAGCCGGAGUAUUCGCCAAGUACAAUGUGCGCAUUCUGGGCACACCCAUUCAGUCAAUCAUCGAAACUGAGGAUCGGAAGCUUUUUGCCGAACGAGUGAACGAGAUUGGUGAGCAGGUGGCACCAUCUGAGGCAGUAUAUUCCGUUGCGGAGGCCCUGGAUGCCGCCAGUAGACUGGGCUAUCCGGUGAUGGCACGUGCCGCCUUCUCCCUGGGCGGACUGGGAUCUGGUUUCGCCAACAAUGAGCAGGAGCUACAGAGUUUGGCUCAACAGGCACUUGCUCAUUCUAGCCAACUGAUCGUGGACAAAUCCCUUAAAGGAUGGAAGGAGGUGGAGUACGAGGUGGUGCGCGAUGCCUAUGACAACUGCAUCACCGUGUGCAACAUGGAGAAUUUUGAUCCCUUGGGUAUCCACACGGGCGAGAGUAUUGUGGUGGCACCAUCGCAGACGCUCUCGGAUCGCGAAUACCAAAUGCUCAGAAGCACCGCCCUGAAGGUGAUCCGUCACUUUGGUGUCGUGGGCGAGUGCAACAUUCAAUACGCACUGUGUCCCCACUCGGAGCAGUACUACAUUAUCGAGGUAAAUGCCAGGCUGUCGCGCAGCUCCGCCUUGGCUAGCAAGGCUACUGGUUAUCCAUUGGCAUACGUCGCCGCCAAGCUAGCACUGGGAUUGCCUCUGCCGGAAAUAAAGAACUCUGUGACGGGCAACACGACAGCUUGCUUUGAGCCCUCUCUGGAUUACUGUGUUGUCAAGAUUCCACGCUGGGAUCUGGCCAAAUUCGUGCGGGUUAGUAAGCACAUCGGUAGCUCCAUGAAGAGCGUCGGCGAAGUGAUGUCCAUUGGUCGGAACUUUCAAGAGGCCUUCCAGAAAGCUCUGCGUAUGGUGGAUAGCGAUGUGCUAGGAUUCGAUCCGGAUGUAGUGACCCUUGACAAGGAGCAACUUGCCGAGCAGCUGUCGGAGCCGACAGAUCGUCGUCCCUUCGUUCUUGCGGCUGCUUUCGACUUGGGCAUGUGUGUCAAAGAAUUGCAUCAGUUAACCAAGAUCGACUGCUGGUUCCUGGAAAAGCUGGAAUCGAUCAUGACUCUAUACCGGCAGCUCACCGAAAUCGGCAGUCGAACGGAUGCUGAUUUGCUGUUGAAGGCAAAGCAAUACGGAUUCUCGGAUAAGCAAAUAGCAAAGGCCACAAAGAGCACGGAAUUAGCGGUGCGCCAUCAGCGCCAGGAGUUCGGCAUCCGUCCACAUGUCAAGCAGAUCGACACCGUGGCUGGCGAAUGGCCCGCCAGUACCAACUAUUUGUACAACACAUAUAAUGGAAGCGAGCACGAUGUGGAUUUCCCCGGUGGGCAUACCAUUGUGGUGGGCUCGGGUGUCUACAGGAUCGGAUCCUCGGUGGAGUUCGACUGGUGUGCCGUGGGCUGUCUGCGCGAACUGAGGAAACUUCAGCGACCCACCAUCAUGAUCAACUACAACCCAGAAACGGUGUCCACCGACUAUGACAUGUGCGAUCGUUUGUACUUUGAGGAAAUCAGUUUCGAGGUAGUCAUGGACAUCUAUGAAAUGGAGAACAGCGAAGGCAUCAUCUUGUCCAUGGGCGGCCAGCUUCCCAAUAAUAUAGCCAUGGAUCUGCAUCGCCAGCAGGCUAAAGUAUUGGGCACAUCGCCAGAGUCCAUAGAUUGUGCUGAGAAUCGAUUCAAAUUCUCGCGUAUGCUGGACAGGAAGGGCAUUUUGCAGCCGCGCUGGAAGGAGCUGACCAACCUCCAGUCGGCCAUUGAAUUCUGCGAAGAGGUCGGCUAUCCCUGUUUGGUUAGGCCAUCCUAUGUGCUUUCCGGUGCGGCCAUGAAUGUUGCCUAUUCGAAUCAGGAUUUGGAGACGUACCUAAAUGCCGCUUCCGAGGUUAGUCGAGAGCAUCCGGUGGUCAUAUCGAAGUUCCUCACCGAGGCCAAGGAGAUCGAUGUGGAUGCAGUGGCGGCCGAUGGCAGGAUUCUAUGCAUGGCAGUUUCAGAGCAUGUGGAAAACGCCGGAGUCCAUUCUGGUGAUGCCACACUGGUAACACCGCCUCAGGAUCUCAAUGCAGAGACACUAGAGGCCAUCAAGCGGAUUACUUGCGAUCUGGCCAGUGUUCUCGAUGUUACGGGUCCAUUCAACAUGCAGCUGAUUGCCAAGAAUAAUGAGUUGAAAGUUAUUGAGUGCAAUGUCCGUGUAUCCCGAUCCUUUCCCUUCGUCUCCAAGACGCUGGAUCAUGAUUUUGUGGCCACCGCAACUAGGGCCAUUGUUGGACUCGAUGUGGAGCCACUGGAUGUCCUACAUGGCGUUGGCAAGGUCGGCGUUAAGGUUCCUCAGUUUAGUUUCUCUCGCCUAGCUGGUGCUGAUGUCCAGUUGGGCGUUGAGAUGGCGUCCACCGGCGAGGUUGCCUGUUUUGGCGAUAAUCGUUAUGAGGCCUAUCUCAAGGCCAUGAUGUCCACGGGCUUCCAGAUACCCAAGAAUGCUGUGCUUCUCUCCAUUGGCAGUUUCAAGCACAAGAUGGAAUUGCUACCUUCCAUACGAGAUUUGGCCAAAAUGGGAUACAAGCUGUAUGCUUCUAUGGGAACUGGUGACUUUUACGCAGAGCAUGGCGUUGAUGUGGAAUCUGUGCAGUGGACAUUCGACAAGACUACUCCCGAUGAUAUCAACGGUGAACUGAGGCACCUCGCCGAGUUCCUGGCGAACAAGCAGUUCGAUUUGGUCAUUAACCUACCGAUGAGUGGCGGGGGCGCCAGGAGGGUAUCUUCAUUCAUGACCCAUGGCUACCGCACACGUCGCCUAGCGGUGGAUUACUCUAUUCCGCUGGUGACUGAUGUGAAAUGCACCAAACUUUUGGUGGAAUCAAUGCGGAUGAACGGUGGCAAGCCGGCUAUGAAGACACACACCGAUUGCAUGACAUCGCGUCGGAUUGUCAAGCUGCCCGGGUUUAUCGAUGUGCAUGUUCACCUUCGGGAGCCGGGAGCUACGCACAAGGAGGAUUUCGCUAGCGGCACAGCAGCAGCCUUGGCCGGUGGAGUGACCCUGGUGUGCGCCAUGCCCAACACUAAUCCCUCGAUCGUGGACCGAGAGACGUUCACCCAGUUCCAGGAGUUGGCCAAAGCCGGUGCCCGUUGCGAUUAUGCCUUGUAUGUGGGAGCCUCGGAUGGGAACUAUGCACAGGUUAAUGAGCUAGCCAGUCAGGCCUGUGGCUUGAAGAUGUACCUGAAUGAUACAUUCGGCACAUUGAAACUAAGCGACAUGACCACCUGGCAGAGGCAUCUCUCGCACUGGCCGAAACGUGCUCCAAUUGUCUGUCAUGCGGAAAAGCAGAGUACGGCGGCUGUGAUCUUGCUGGCCCAUUUACUGGAUCGUCCGGUUCACAUUUGCCAUGUGGCGCGAAAGGAGGAAAUCCAACUGAUCCGUGCAGCCAAGGAGAAGGGCAUUAAGGUGACCUGUGAGGUGUGUCCGCAUCAUUUGUUCCUCAGCACUAAGGAUGUCGAGCGUCUCGGUCAAGGAAUGUCCGAAGUGCGGCCCCUGCUUUGCUCUCCAGAGGAUCAGGAGGCUUUGUGGGAGCACAUGGAUUACAUCGAUGUCUUUGCCACUGAUCAUGCACCGCACACACUGGCCGAGAAGCGUUCAGAGCGUCCGCCACCUGGAUUUCCGGGCGUGGAAACCAUACUGCCGCUUCUCCUUCAGGCCGUCAGUGAAGGUCGGCUGACGCUAGAGGAUAUCAAACGGAAGUUCCAUCGCAAUCCGAAAAACAUUUUCAACCUGCCAGAGCAGGCGCACACCUAUGUAGAGGUGGAUCUGGAUGAGGAGUGGACCAUAACUGGCAGCGAGAUGAAGAGCAAGUCAGGUUGGACACCAUUCGAGGGCACCAAAGUUAAGGGACGCGUCCACCGCGUGGUUCUUCGCGGUGAGGUGGCCUUUAUUGACGGCCAAGUGUUAGUGCAGCCUGGCUUCGGGCUGAAUGUGCGUGCCACUCCGGCACAAGUGCAAUCGGAGGCAGCACAGGAUUUGCUGCCCACCGACAGUGAUACAAAUGACACCUUUGCCCGUCUUCUUACCGCCGAGGGAGCCGGUGUAUCCGCACAAGGAUCAUCGACUAAGGUUCACUUUGUUGAUGGAGCCAACUUCUUGCGUCCAACUUCACCUUCACCACGCAUCCGCCUGGACUCCACCAGCAACACUACGCUGCGAGAGUACUUGCAACGCUCUUCCAGUCCCAAUCCUGUGGCCCACUCGCUGGUGGGCAAGCAUAUUCUGGCUGUUGAUAUGUUUAACAAAGAGCAGCUUAACGAUAUCUUCAACCUGGCACAGCUGCUCAAGUCCCGGGUCACAAAGGAUCGUCCGGUGGACGAGCUACUGCGCGGCAAAAUCAUGGCCAGUGUGUUCUACGAGGUGAGCACGCGGACGCAGUGCAGCUUUGCUGCUGCUAUGCUUCGUUUGGGUGGCCGUGUAAUCAGCAUGGAUCAAAUAACGUCAUCGGUUAAGAAGGGCGAGACCCUGGAGGACAGUAUCAAGGUUAUGGCCAGCUAUUCGGAUGUCAUGGUCCUUCGUCAUCCCACUCCAGGAGCUGUGGCGCGCGCUGCAUCCUUUUCCCGAAAGCCUCUGAUCAAUGCUGGCGAUGGCGUCGGCGAGCAUCCCACACAGGCACUCCUGGACAUCUUCACCAUUCGUGAGGAGAUCGGCACAGUCAAUGGCCUAACCAUCACUAUGGUGGGUGACCUGAAGAACGGGCGCACCGUGCAUUCUCUAGCCCGCCUGUUGACCCUGUACAACGUGACCCUGCAAUAUGUGGCACCAAAUAGCCUCCAGAUGCCCAACGAGAUUGUGCAGUUUGUGCACCAACGCGGCAUAAAGCAAGUCUUCGCCUCGGGUCUGAAGGAUGUCCUACCCAGCACGGAUGUGCUCUAUAUGACCCGCAUCCAGCGGGAGCGUUUCGAGAACGAGGAGGAUUACCUGAAAUGCUGCGGUCAACUGGUGGUAACGCCAGAGCUGAUGACGCUAGCUAAGAAGCGCUCUAUUGUCCUGCAUCCGCUGCCGCGUCUGGACGAGAUCAGUCGUGACUUCGAUUUGGACCCAAGGGCCGCCUACUUCCGCCAGGCGGAGUAUGGCAUGUACAUCCGAAUGGCCUUGCUGGCCAUGGUUGUUGGCGGUCGCAAUACGGCGCUCUAAAGUUUUUCCAAGCGGAAAACCUACUCUUUGACUCUCCUAACUGUUUUUUUGUAUACAAUCUUUUAUACAUCACUUACAAAUAUAUUGAUCUAUUCUAUUGA